AUGAACGAGCGGCACCUCAUUAACAACAUCCUCAUAAAGUACUUCGUCGCGAAGAGGUACUCAAAAUGUAUGUACAAGAGAAGAGACGAUCCAGAUGGAGGGUUACUACGUCUCUACAAAUGGGCCAAAUGGUACAAAGAACUCAAGACAGUAGAUAGUUACGGUCAGUCAAAUGAGAGAUUAUAUGUUACCUACACGAGCGACAAAGAGGUGAAGCUGUCUCAUGUGAAGCAGAGGAUUAUUAAGCAGAAGGUCGUAAAGAACAUCCGAAUGGUUUUUUAUGGCUGUCUUGUCCUGUUGGUGGUACUAUCAUGCAUUGCAUGUCUGCUUCUAUACAAUAAUCACAACCACGUCGAGUGUGUGCUUCGAUAUGGAGACUGUCCGGUCAUUCUACACAAAGAGAUUCACAGCUUCUUUGUGAAUGUGAAGAUGCAUGAAUUGAGUAAGGAACGCAUACUGGAGGUGUACCAUGCGAUGAAGCAAGUGCAGAGGAAGGGGUCCAAUAAAUCGGAAGGGAAGAGUAAUGGCCCCCUCGGACAAACUGACCGGAUGAGCUUGGAUAGGAGAAAAAAGUAUUCCCUUCUAGAGACAGAGAAAGUGAAGUGCAAGGAAUGCCAAAUUGUUUUCCGCCUCGAGGGGAAAGAAGAAACGCUUGAGGACAUCUUCCACUUCGAGGAGGUCAAUAAGUGUGAGAAGACGAUUGGGAGGGAGCAUUGCAUUCAUGUGAAGGACGGUGUCAUAUCAAACCAGCGCGUUCACCUGUACAAACGGUACAGCGGGCCGAUAAAGAACAUGGACACGCUUGAGAAGGGGGCGGCGCGGGAGAAGGUCGUCCUGGACGACAAAGUGAAGUUUCUGCAUCCCCUCCUGAAGGACUACGUCCUGAAUUUGGACUACUUCACACUGCGCAGCGAGACAGGGCAAAAGAUCCCCGUGAAUGAACAACCAAUCAAGGAGAAGAAGCGGCACAUCUGUCACCCGGAAGACAUAAAGACGUUUGGGAGGAGCCCCUUCUACUGGCUGUGCCCUCAAUUUUACGAGCACGAGAGAGGGUCCCGUGUCCACAGCAUUGCCGCAUCGAUCAUGCAGAUGGUGAACAUCGAGGGGGCGGGAGAAGCGGAUGCAAACAAACACAUCGUUGAGAUGUCCAAAUCGAGCCCAACGGUACGUCGAUACGACCACUUUGGGUUCAUUGCAGACAAGCUUGAACUCCCCCUUAAGGUGGACAUUUUUAGCCGCUUCCAACCCCAGGACGGAGAAACGGAGAAAGUGGAUAUGCUGGAGAGGAUCUAUAAGGCCUUUUUCUGCAGGGGUCGGGGGGGGUCCUCCGAUCAGCAGCAGCAGAAGCGGCAUGAGAAGGAGGAGCAGUGGCGUGAGACAGACCGGCACCACCACGAUACCGGGAAGCAUCAUGCCUAUUCCCACUCUGCCCCUUCACAUGAGGAUGACAUGUCCAAAUUGGCGUUCUUCUUUCUCGGCCAUGACAGCGGGAGGAAGGAAGGAACAGAGACGCUACAGGGAGAGGUCGCAAAAGAGACGUAUAACGAUCACGGGAAGGGAAAAAAGUUGGUUCACAUAGACAGUACCUCCCUGAAUGAUGAGGAGAGAUAUUCCUCGAUGGAAGAUCUAUGUCGAGAAGACAACUACGAAGAAGGGCACGACACGAUUGAUAAGAAGGAAAAGUCAGCUGAAGAAGGAGAGGGACACACACAUAGUAGAAGGGUCCUCAUCAAAGAAAUGGCGACGGUUAGGAAAGACAAACAAAAGGAGCGAGACUCAGAAGGAUUGGAUAAGGAGCUAGUGAUUAUAUCUCCUUCUGUAUUUUUUGGCAUGAUGGAAGGGGUGUUAAGUAUUGUGAUUUUUUUUUUGCUCCUUCUCCUUGGGAUGAUCUGCGUGAUGUUGAUUCUUUACAUUUGUGUGACCAUCGGAUAUGAUGUGUCUGUACUUUUGAGAGAUCAGGACGAGAUUGAGGAGAUACCCAGAUAUUUGAAGCGCCUUUCGAGGGACCUCACUGGGGGUGGUGGUGACGUCUCGGUUGGAGGUAUCGAUGGAGGUUUCUUUAGAAUCCAUCGCCAGGCGAGCGGCCCAUUUUAG